CCAAAAAGAUCCGCCUGCCCUGCAUCUAAUUAUAGUGUUGUGUCACUUUCCUACUUCUUAUAAGUAUUAGUACUAACUAACAACUACUUCUAUCUUAUCUCAUCACUUCUCAACCAACCACACUUUAGUACACUUGUGAUUCUGAUGAAGGACAGCAAUAGCAGAAAGCAAGGGGCUGCGUCGCCUUGCGCGGCGUGCAAGCUCCUCCGCCGGAGAUGCGCAGAAGAUUGCGUUUUUGCACCUUAUUUUCCGGCAGAGGAGCCACACAAGUUCGCCAGCGUGCAUAAGGUCUUUGGCGCUAGCAAUGUCAACAAGAUGCUCCAGGAUUUGCCGGAACAUCAGAGAGAAGAUGCAGUAAGCUCAUUGGUGUAUGAAGCGAACGCGCGAGUGAGAGAUCCAGUCUAUGGAUGCGUAGGCGCAAUAUCAUCACUGCAACAACAAAUUGACGCACUACAAACGCAGCUUGCGCUUGCGCAGGCGGAAGCAGUCCACAUGCGCAUGCGCCACUACUCUUCUUCAGCCGAAUGCGCGUCUCCCUCCACGCGCGGAAGAAGGUCUCACAAUCACCACCCCAAGUCGUCUGAAUCAUUCUGGCAUUAGCUUCUCAUCUUUCUAUGUUGGCAUUUUCUUUGAUGUUUGCUUCAAUUUUGUGUUUUUUUCUUUUAUAAUUUCUUUUUUUUUAUUCGGGCUUCAUACAUACAUACAUACAUGUCUUGCCUGACAGGGCGAGAUGAUGAUGGCCGCCUCGCCGGUCAGAGUCGGGGUGGUUAACAAUAUUGUAAAUGCGAAAAAAAGGAAAAACAUACAAUCAUAAGGUAUAGAGUAUACUAUAGUUAUGCUUGUGGAGUUUGACAAUUUUAAAAAAGUUUGUUGUGUCUUUUUA